GCCUGAGCCGCCAUUUUUGCAAAGGGGAAAGAGACAGGAGUGAGCGAAUCGAGUUUCCAACAGUCACCAUAGAUAGGACAGAGAAUUAAAUGGUUCUGAACAAGAAAAACUUAAAAUACAGGAGUCCGAGUGACACCCACGAACGACAGAACAAACGGUAGUUAUUUUAUGGGGGGUAGUGUUAGGCUUAACAUUUUUUCCCCGUUGUUGUAAACCCGCAGUGGAGACAGUAGUCUUGUUUUGGUUGUGUGGAGACGGGCGGCGGGGGUCUCACCCGGGUCCCCUGUUCUUCUUUCACAGUACCUACAGUGGACAUUAACGGCUUGGUGGAUGCACUUAGAUGUGUGCAAUGAGUGCUGUGGCUGGCAUGCCUCAGUGUUUUGGAUCCUCCUGCUCUGGACUCAGUAGGACAAGAAUUUCUCAGAAGAGAACGUCAUGAGCAUAGCAGUCCCAGUAGGGGUGGACACUGGAAACACCUCGUACCUGGACAUGGCUGCAGGCUCGGAACCUGAAUCGGUGGAGGCCAGCCCUGUGGUUGUGGAGAAGUCCAGCUACCCACACCAGAUCUACAGCAGUAGCUCUCACCACUCGCACAGCUACAUUGGGCUGCCCUACGCCGACCAUAACUAUGGCGCCCGGCCGCCGCCAACGCCGCCCGCCUCACCCCCGCCCACGGUGCUGAUCCGGCCCGGGGAGGGGCUGUUCGUGCCGGGCGCCCAGGACGAGGCGUCCCGCGGCACCACCCUCAGCACUUCGGAGGACAGCAGCUACGGGGCCGACAUCACCCGCUGCAUCUGCGGCUUCACCCACGACGAUGGCUACAUGAUCUGCUGCGACAAGUGCAGCGUGUGGCAGCACAUCGACUGCAUGGGGAUCGACAGGCAGCACAUUCCUGAGACGUAUCUGUGUGAGCGCUGCCAGCCCCGCAGCUUGGACAGAGACAGGGCCAUUGUGCUGCAGACCAGGAAGAGGGAGAACAUGUCGGACGGGGACACCAGCGCGACGGAGAGCGGAGACGAGGUGCCGCUGGAGCUGUACACGGCCUUCCAGCACCCGCCCACCAGCAUCACGCUGACGCCGGCACGCAUGGCCAAUAAGCAAGCCGACAAGAAGCGCAAGAAGAGCGGCGACAAGGAGCCCGGGCCCGUCCCCGCCCGAGCCAAGAAGGCAUUCCGCGAGGGGUCCAGGAAGUCGUCCAGGGUCAAGGGCUCCGCCCCAGAGCUGGACCCCACAGACACGCCCUCACUGUGGGAGAACAAGAUCAAGACCUGGAUGGAGCGCUAUGAGGAGGCCAGCAGCAACCAGUACAGCGAGGAUAUGCAGCUCCUGCUGAGGGUCAAGGAGGCUGCAGACGGCAAGAGCAUGGCCUACAACACACACCCUGCAGCCUUCAAACCUCCUGUGGAGAGUCAGGUGCAGAAGAAUAAGAAGAUUCUGAAGGCUGUGUGUGAUCUGGCUCCAGACUCGCUCAUCAUUGAGUACCGGGGCAAGUUCAUGCUGCGCCAGCAGUUUGAGGCUAACGGUUACUUCUUUAAGAGGCCGUACCCGUUCGUUCUCUUCUACUCCAAGUUCCACGGGCUGGAGGUGUGUGUGGACGCCCGCAGCUUCGGGAACGAGGCCCGCUUCAUCCGCCGCUCCUGCAUCCCCAACGCCGAGGUGCGUCACGUGAUCGAGGACGGCACGCUGCACCUGUACAUCUACUCUCUGAGGCCCAUCGUCAAGGGCAGCGAGAUCACCAUUGGGUUCGACUACGACUACGGCAGCUGUAAGUACAAGGUGGACUGCGCGUGCCUGAAGGGGAACCCGGAGUGCCCCGUGCUCAAGCACAACUCCGAGCCCACCGAGAACGACACGCGGCGGCGGCGCGGCCGCAAGGACAAGGACCCGCCCCGGGAGCGGGAGCGCGAGCGCGAGAGGGAGCGGGAGCGGGACGGGGAGGGGGCGCAGAACCAGAACAUCACGCUGGACUGCGACGGAGCCAACGCCGCCGCCAAGGGCAAGGCCCUCGCCGACGCCAAGCAGAGGAAGCUGUCCCCCCUCCGGCUCUCCAUCUCCAACAACCAGGAGCCUGAGUUAAUAGAGGAUAUUGAAGAGAAAACCUCCGUUAGCAAUGAAGUAGAGAUGGAGUCGGAGGAGCAGAUUGCGGAGAGGAGGAGGAAGAUGGCCACUCCAGUGGAGGAGUCCCAUCUGCCCAGUGGGGGGGGCUCCAGCUGGAUGGGACUAAGAAACAAGGAGACGCGGGAGGAGCGGAAGAUGGAGGCCAUCCUGCAGGCCUUCGCUCGGAUGGAGAAGAGGGAGAAGCGCAGGGAGCAGGCCCUGGAGAGGAUCGGCACCAAGGCCGAGGGCGGGGCCCGCAACGACAUCAAGGAGGAGCCCCCCGCCACACCUGAGGCCGAGGUCCCCGCUGUGCUGCAGCCCCUGCUGGACGUGGUGAAGGAGGAGCCGGGGGUGAAGCCGGUGGCGGUGGCGGCGGCGGCGGCGGCGGCGGCGGCGGCCAAGGUGAGCCGCUCCAAGCAGCGGAAGAGCUUCUCGCGGAGCCGCACGCACAUCGGGCAGCAGCGCCGCCGCGCUCGCACCAUCAGCACCUGCUCCGACCUGCAGCCCGGUUCCCCCGCAGAGAGCCUGGAGCCGCCGCCCCCCGAGCCCAGCGAGAGCCAGUCCCCCACCGCCGCCGCCGCCGCCGCCGCCGCCGCCGCCCCCGAGCCCGAGCCCCUCCCCCCGCAGCCCCCCGACGCCAGCCCCCCCCACAGCGGCUCCCCCGCGCCCCCCUGCCGCUCCGCACACAAAUACCCCAAGACUAAAAAGCACUUGGUGAGCGAGUGGAUGGGCGAGAAGCCCGAGCGGGUGGUGCGGACGCCCGAGCCGGCUCCAGAGCGCCCCCUGCGCAUCAGCAGCGACCCCGAGGUGCUGGCCACUCAGCUCAACUCCCUGCCGGGCCUGGCCUGCAGCCCGCACGUGUACAGCACGCCCAAACACUACAUCCGCUUCUCCUCGCCCUUCCUGGCCGGCCGCAGCGCCUCCGCGCCCGGCGUGCCAAUCAGCCGCCGCCGCUCCCGCGAGCUGCCCGAGACCCCGCCCACCUCCGGGUCCUGCAAGAAGCGCUGGCUGAGGCAGGCUCUGCAGGAGGAGGGGUCCCCUAGCCGGCCCCCCUUCAUCCUGCCCAGCGAGGGGCCCCUCAGCCCCCCCAUCAACGGGGACUCGGACUGCGGCCUCCCCUUCAACGGCAGCUGCACUUUACCAGAGCUGCCCACCCCUCUGAAGAAGCGGAGGCUGUACCCUCUGGACGCCUGCAUGUCGGAAGGCUCCACCCCCUACUGCUCGCCCUGCGCCACGCCCACCCGCACCGACCUCCCAGAGACGCCCGGGACGCCCCACCUCCUCUCCACCCCGCCCCGCACGCGCUCAGAAGACCAGAGCGCAGACCCCUCGCCCCCAACCCCCACACACACCCCACAGGCACUUACCGGUUCAGUGGAGAGCGAAUCUUCUCCGGAAAGUUCCCCGGAGAGCAGCCGUAGGCCCAGCGUGCAGGAGACGGAGCGCGCCCCCCCCUCGCUGCUGUCCUCCCCCUGCGUGCGGGGGCCCAGUCUGGACGCGCCGCCCCAGGAGAUCAGGACGGUGGGUGCCCUGAGCCCGCGGCCCCCCAGGCCGGAGCCGCAGGACUGCGGGGGGGACGAGGCUGUGGAGGCCGGGGCGGAGACUGCGGCCGACGCACCCCUGGGCGAGCUCCCCGGCCCCCCCUACCCGGCCUGGAUGAAGAGCCCCGAGCGGGGCAGCCUCUCCUUCUCCCAGGUCAACUCCAACCUGCGCGACCUGACCCCCUCCCACACCCUGGACCCCGGGGCCUUCCGGCCCGACACCGCCCCCGCCUCCUUCGGGGAGGGGGCGCUCUACUACCCCUGCGCGGAGGAGGGGGGCGCCCUGGGCUUCUCACGCUCGCUCGGGGGGGACGGAACGGGAGAGGGAGGCGGCGGGACUGCGCAGAACCCCCCCCAGAAGAAAAAGGUGUCCCUGCUGGAGUACAGGAAGCGUCAGCGUGAGGCUCGCCGCAGCGGCUCCAAGGUCGAGUGCGGUUCCCCCGUCUCCACGGCGCCGCCGCUGGUGGGACUGUGCAGUGCUGCGUUCGAAGUUGCCAUGGAGACCGCCCCCGAGCCCCCAGCGCAGUCGGCCGCCCCCGCCCCUGAAGCGCCCCAGUCGAGCGACGGCACAGAGACUCCACCCCAGGGGGAGAGAGAGGGGGGAGAGGGACAGUGGACGUCCUCUACAUCAGUGGAGCAGGCGAGGGAGCGGGGCUACCACCGAGCACUGCUACUGAGCGACCACCGCAAGGACCGAGACACAGACGGCCCUGAGGCAGACGGCAGUGACGCAGGCGUGGUGAAGGAGAGCUCCUCUCCCAGCGCACACAGGACCUGCAGGAGUCCCUCUGUGCACAAGCCGGGUUCCCCGGGCCCCAGCGUGGCCCCCCAGCCUGCGAGUCGCUCGGCGAAGGAGGAGGACAGCGACGGCCAGGCCCGCGCCCCCUGCCUCUCUCCGUCCGUUCAGCAGUCCGGCAAGCCCCUGGCGGCCAAAGCGGCCCCCCUCACCCCCAGCAAACUGCAGUGCGGCCCCCCCGGGGCCCCCCAGGGCCUGUACCCGAGCCCCUCCCUGCUGCACUCCCCGAAGCCGCAGCCCCAGGGCUCCCCGUACCGCGGCCAGCGAUCCUUCCACUCGGGGCAGCCUCAGACUCAACCCCAGCCCCAGGCUUCGCAGGCCUCGGCCGCCUUCGCCCAGUACAGCGCCCAGACCGCGCCCCCUCCCCCGCCCCCUCCUCCCCCGGCUCCGCCCGUGUCCGCGGCCUACUUCCCCGGGCAGACGGCGGCCCCCUCCGGGCCCUUCCCCGGGUACAAGUCCGGCGUGGUGUCGCCCUUCCCCCCCGGCUCCCAGCCCCUGAUGCAGACUCACCACGCGCUGCACUACCAGAGCUCCACGGCUUCGCCCCCUCCUCCUCCCCCACCUCCGCACCCCCAGCCCGGGCCCCCCCUGCUGCACGUCAACAUGGCCACGCCCAUGCAGCAGCAUCAGCUCCUGCUGAGCUCCGCCCCCCCCGCCUCCCCAUGUGAUUGGCUCCGCCCCCCACCACCUCCCCCUCCCCUGCAGGGCCAGGUGUCCCAGCAGCAGCCCAGCAGCAGUAAUCUCCUGUCCCUCCAACAGGCCCCUCCUCCUCCCCCGCCCCCACCUCCUCCCCCUUCGGGCUCCACCAACCCCCCCUUACAGGCGGCGCAUCACUACCAGAGUCUGGGGGGGUUCCAGACUCCCAUGAUGCACCCGGGGGCGAGCAGCGCCCCCAACGCGGCGUCCGCCAACUACCAGCCUCACCAACAGAGCGUGCUACCGCCCCCUCCCCCUCCCCCGCCUCAACAGGCUCCGCCCACACAGUCGCAGGCCACGCCCUCGCAGCUGCCCAGUGGAGCCCGUGGAGCUCCUCCCUCCUCGGCUUCCUUCCACACAGCAGGGUACCUUGGCACUGGGUGGCACUGACAACCCCCAAACCACCCCCCGCCCCCCAAAAGAAAAUAAAAGCCCCACAAACUCACUUAAAGAGGUGCAAGGAUACCAUAUAACAUGUAAAUAUUUUCUAUGUACUUGUACACAAAGCCAACGGAAAAACAGGACGAAGAAAAAGGGUACUUUUUUAAAGGAAAGAAGGAGUAAAAAAAAGACUGCGAAGCAAUCCUGUAAAGAGACUUUGUACAAAAUGACGACAGACGAAUCCGGUGCUCAUUACCCUCUCCAUGACACCCUGUCCUCAAAGGCGCCUUUUCUAUUUUAUUCUUCUAUUUCAUAACCCCUCUCUCAUGGCUGAGGGUCUCGUCUGUCUGUUUGUCUGUCUGGCGUCCUGCUGUCAGGCCCAGAGCUUUCUUUAUCAAUGGACAUUCCACCCUCUCACCUUCCCUGUCUGUCUGUUCGUUCAGCGUUUCACAUUUUCUCUUCAUUUAUCUGUUCUUUUCCCCAUUUAUUUGUGUAUUUAGUGGCUCAGUUUAGUGAGAAAAGAAAGCUUUUUGUACAAAGAAAAUACAGAAUUAUUAUUUUUUUUAUUCCUGCGUGUAACAAAAUUUGUGCACCGCUGCAGAGGUUCGGAGAGAAAACCGUUCUGGGAGCCGACUUCACUGCCCCAGGAGUGCGCUCUGCGCACGCGUGUGUGCGCGAGCGUGGGUGUGUGCGUGUGUGAGUGCAUGAGUGUGUGCGUGCGUGCGUGUGGGAGUGAGUGAGAGAGAGAGCGAGAGAGAGAGAACAUUGCUAGGAAGUGAAUGUCCUCUUGGCUUUUAAGAUAGCCUGAGUGAGAAGUGACCGGUAGGUAGUAUGUUAGCGGUUUAUUUUUGAAUUCUAAUGGUUAUUUGUAGAAAAUGUAAUUUAAUGUAUAGAUGGUUACUCCAGCUUUCUGCAGAAGCGCGUGUACAUAGUUGCUUCUUUUCUUUUCUAUGCUUGUACAAUUCGCUCCCAUCCCAUUUUGGAAUAUCGUUUGUAAAUAUGAGCGCUCUCUUUGCAAAGCUGAAUGGUUCUGUGACAGUAGCACUAUUUCUUUUUUCUGGACCCUCUAUUGUAUGUCUUUUUUUAAUUGUGUGCGCGUGAGUGUGUGUGUGUGUGUGCGCGUGCGGAAGAGAGACUCAAGACACAGCACUGGUUAGCUAUUUUCAUUGCUCAUGAUAAUAAAUCACAGUUAUGUCAGUUUUAUACCACCAAGUGUGUCGUGUCAUUGUCACUCUUGAUUUACGGCGUCAGACGCUUUCCACCGGAUCUCCACCUCAAGAGCUUAUCGUUUUCACGCUUCCAUCUCAGGCACUGAGACGUUUGUAAACGCACAGAGACAACAGCAGCUUGAUGCCUUCAUUGGGGUUCACGCGUGCAUUCCACAGGCCACAGCAUACUGCAGAUGUUUAUAUAAAUUAUUUUGUUAAAAUGUACUUGUUAAAAUGUGUAAUGUCACUAUUAAAAUUUUAGCCAAUUUGAGAAGA